AUGCGACACUACUACGCGGCCACGACGCUACAAACUGCUACGUACGGAACUACGACGCUACGAACUGCUACGCAACUACGACGCUACAAGCUACUACGCGGCCACGACGCUACAAACUGCUACGUACGGAACCACCGCGCUACGAACUGCUACGCGGCUACGACGCUACAAGCUGCUACGCGGCUACGACGCUACGAACUGCUACGCGGCUACGAAGCUACGAGGCUACGGAACUACGACGCUACGAACUGCUACGCGACUACGACGCUACAAACUACUACGCGGCCACGACGCUACAAACUGCUACGUACGGAACUACGACGCUACGAACUGCUACGCGACUACGACGCUACAAACUACUACGAGGCCACGACGCUACAAACUGCUACGUACGGAACUACGACGCUACGAACUGCUACGCGGCUACGACGCUACAAACUACUACGCGGCCACGACGCUACAAAUUGCUACGUACGGAACUACGACGCUAAGAACUGCUACGCAACUACGACGCUACAAGCUACUACGCGGCCACGACGCUACAAACUGCUACGUACGGAACCACCGCACUACGAACUGCUACGCGGCUACGACGCUACAAGCUGCUACGCGGCUACGACGCUACGAACUGCUACGCGGCUACGAAGCUACGAGGCUACGGAACUACGACGCUACGAACUGCUACGCGACUACGACGCUACAAACUACUACGCGGCCACGACGCUACAAACUGCUACGUACGGAACUACGACGCUACGAACUGCUACGCGACUACGACGCUACAAACUACUACGAGGCCACGACGCUACAAACUGCUACGUACAGAACUACGACGCUACGAACUGCUACGCGACUACGACGCUACAAACUACUACGCGGCCACGACUCUACAAACUGCUACGUACGGAACUACGACGCUACGAACUGCUACGCGACUACGACGCUACAAACUACUACGAGGCCACGACGCUACAAACUGCUACGUACGGAACUACGACGCUACGAACUGCUACGCGACUACGACGCUACAAACUACUACGCGGCCACGACGCUACAAACUGCUACGUACGGAACCACCGCGCUACGAACUGCUACGCGGCUACGACGCUACAAGCUGCUACGCGGCUACGACGCUACGAACUGCUACGCGGCUACGAAGCUACGAGGCUACGGAACUACGACGCUACGAACUGCUACGCGACUACGACGCUACAAACUACUACGCGGCCACGACGCUACAAACUGCUACGUACGGAACUACGACGCUACGAACUGCUACGCGACUACGACGCUACAAACUACUACGAGGCCACGACGCUACAAACUGCUACGUACGGAACUACGACGCUACGAACUGCUACGCGGCUACGACGCUACAAACUACUACGCGGCCACGACGCUACAAACUGCUACGUACGGAACUACGACGCUAAGAACUGCUACGCAACUACGACGCUACAAGCUACUACGCGGCCACGACGCUACAAACUGCUACGUACGGAACCACCGCACUACGAACUGCUACGCGGCUACGACGCUACAAGCUGCUACGCGGCUACGACGCUACGAACUGCUACGCGGCUACGAAGCUACGAGGCUACGGAACUACGACGCUACGAACUGCUACGCGACUACGACGCUACAAACUACUACGCGGCCACGACGCUACAAACUGCUACGUACGGAACUACGACGCUACGAACUGCUACGCGACUACGACGCUACAAACUACUACGAGGCCACGACGCUACAAACUGCUACGUACAGAACUACGACGCUACGAACUGCUACGCGACUACGACGCUACAAACUACUACGCGGCCACGACUCUACAAACUGCUACGUACGGAACUACGACGCUACGAACUGCUACGCGACUACGACGCUACAAACUACUACGAGGCCACGACGCUACAAACUGCUACGUACGGAACUACGACGCUACGAACUGCUACGCGACUACGACGCUACAAACUACUACGCGGCCACGACGCUACAAACUGCUACGUACGUAACUACGACGCUACGAACUGCUACGCGGCUACUAACUGCUACGCGGCUAUGUAA